AUGGUCAGCAGUGAAACUCCCGCCAGAGGGACAGCUCCACCUUUGGGGAGGAUCGGAAUAGUCUUCACCGAUAUCGUCAAAUCGACAGACAUCUGGGAGGAAGACACAGGCGCCAUGAUCGAGGCCAUGAAACUGCACGACGACAUGAUCAGAGGCCUUACUGUCGCCAACGAGGGCUAUGAGGUCAAACAAAACGGCGAUGGCUUUAUGAUCGCCUUCGCUACCGCCACUUCAGCGGUGCAGUUCUGCCUAGACGUGCAGGAAAAGCUCCUGGAUGAACGCUGGCCGAAAGCGAUUCUCAAACUGCCACCUGGCCAAGAAACCAAGGACCCCGAAGGCCACGUCCUAUUCCGCGGCUUGCAACUGAGGAUGAGUGCACACUGGGGAGAGCCCGUGAGCAAGUGGAACGAGGUGAUCCAGCGCAUGGAUUAUCUAGGCCCCGUGGUCAAUCGAGCCGCCCGAUUCAUUCAAGUCACCGAGGGCGGCCAGAUUGUGGUCUCGGAAGAUUUCCUUCGUCAGCUGCAGAGCGAGUUGGAAAUGGCCAAGCAGCAGAACGAGGAGGCACAGGAGCCGCCGGUCCGGGCAGCUGAAGGAGAGGGCGACCACGAUCACCCCCGAGAAACAAACAACACGCCACCACCAGCUUCUCUGGACCUUCGCAGUCUACGUAGCCGGCGAGACCAGAAGAAUCUCACGCACCAGCAAUUCGAGAUCCGUCCACUGGGCGACUAUGAGUUCCAGGGCCUAGAGGACCCUCACAAGCUGUACUUCAUUGUUCCGUGCUCGCUUGAGGGACGGGUGGACCAUUGGAAUCAAGUGGCGCAUGUGACCGGGGUGAAAGGCAAUGUUCGCACACCCUGA